CUCCCGCUGCCGCUGCAAUUUGUGAAAUUGCAUUUCGCCGCCCCGUCAACACCCACGCCUCCUUUAAACCAUCCCGUCCUUCGACUUCGUCUGAACCUUGACUCCGACUCGAGAAUUGCUCUCGCUCUUUUCGAAGCCAAGUUUCAGAUACCCCCAGAGACGGCGAUCAACACCCAACAGCCCGUCGCCUCUACAGCAUUGUCAAGUCCAGCAAAACUCAAAAAUACAGUAAAUUCUAAACCGAAGCCCAAGAUGUCGUCCCCCGGCAAGAUGAUGCGAAGGAAGAAGAACAUGAAGAAGGUGAUCCAGUUCUGCCUGAUGGUCUGCGGUGCUUCAGGAACUGGGAGAACCACCUUCGUCAACACGCUCUGCGGCAAGACCGUUCUUUCCCACAAGGAGUCGGACGACCCCAAUACGGCACACAUCGAGGAGGGCGUUAAGAUCAAGCCUAUCACUGUUGAGCUCGAGCUUGACGAGGACGGCACCCGCAUCUCGCUCACCGUUGUCGACACUCCCGGCUUUGGUGACCAAGUAGACAACGAGGCUAGCUUCUCGGAGAUCGUCGACUUCCUCGAGAGGGAAUACGAUAACAUUCUGGCCCAGGAGUCCCGCAUCAAGCGUAACCCUCGCUUCAGGGACAACCGUGUCCAUGCUCUGCUCUACUUUAUCACCCCGACCGGCCACGGCCUCCGCGAGCUGGACAUCGAGCUGAUGAAGCGUCUGGCACCCCGUGUCAACGUCAUUCCCGUCAUCGGCCGCGCCGAUUCCCUCACCCCGAGCGAGCUGGCCGAGUCCAAGAAGCUGGUCAUGGAGGACAUCGAGCACUACCGGAUCCCCGUCUACAACUUCCCUUACGACAUCGAAGAGGACGACGAGGACACGGUCGAGGAGAACGCCGAGCUCCGUGGCCUGAUGCCGUUUGCCAUUGUGGGCUCCGAGGACAUUGUCGAGAUUGGCGGCCGCAGGGUCCGCGCUCGCCAAUACCCCUGGGGUGUGGUCGAGGUCGACAACCCGCGCCACUCGGACUUCCUGGCCAUCCGCUCUGCCCUGCUCCACAGCCAUCUGGCUGACCUGAAGGAGAUCACUCACGACUUCCUCUACGAGAACUACCGUACCGAGAAGCUCAGCAAGAGCGUCGAGGGUGGUGGAGUUGACUCGUCUAUGAACCCUGAGGACUUGGCCUCACAGUCCGUCCGCCUCAAGGAGGAGCAGCUCCGCCGCGAGGAGGAGAAGCUGCGGGAGAUCGAGGUUAAGGUUCAGCGCGAGAUCAACGAGAAGCGCCAGGAGCUGCUGGCCCGCGAGUCGCAGCUUCGCGAGAUCGAGGCCCGCAUGGCGCGGGAGGCCGCCGCGGUUAGCGGCAGGGAUGCCGCGGACGCAAACGGCGAGGAGGCCAACUAGAAGGGCACCGCCGUCAGCGCCUUUCCCCUCCCGCCGAUUGCUUCACCAGAUUUUAUCGCUGUAUCGAUGGACUGAAGGAAAGAAUGACCAACAAAGACCAACAACGAGGAGGGGCGUCGGUUCCUGUUUGCCCACUGGGCGCGAGAUGCCAGGGCUCUCGUGUUCUAGCUUGAUAACCCCCCUUAUUAUCGCCCCAAGAGCGCAGCUCCCACGUUUCAGUUGUCCCUCCUCUCAGUCUCUCCUCGUGCGACCGGAUUCCCAACAAAAGCCACCAACAACGCCCCAACUCUGGAAGCAGGUGAUGAUAAAUCGCACACGGACGACAACCCACCCAGGCUUCCCGGUAUUUGUAGUGCGCUCCUUCACUUUGGUUUUUUUUUUCCGGGUGGGAUAUGGUGGGAAAGGGGGGAGGGACUGGAACGAGCCACGUGCCCCGACAAUGGACCAAAGCCACCAUCCUCGGCCAUGGCUUGGGUUGGGUGAUGGCCUGGCGACAGCUGCGGCUGGACGGAUUUCUUUUAUACCCCGUGCUAAUGAGGAGCUUUCAGUGAGUGUCGGCCUUGGAGCACUUGAGAUACGAGGCCUGGGACUAUGUCUUGUUUCUCUGCUUCUUGUUUCAGGCAUCUUCUUCGCUGUUUAGUCUUUUUUGCUUGUUGUCUGGUGGUUGGAGCCUUGCUGGCGGAACUGUUAAGGCCCCUUCCGCCUGAUUUAGUUCACUUCUCCACCCCACUUCUAUCCUUCCUCCCAUACACAUUCCCAAGCACGUUUUUUCUAUUAGCUCUCUUCUACUAGUGGCCUUCUAAUGCAGAUAUCAUCGAGGUUUUUGGUUUCCUUAAUUCCAUCUCCUUUGCCAGUGCGUUUGGGCAGCUACGAUAUAUCCUAUGCUGCGACUUGGAUGCCACUUGCGUUAGUCCUUAGUCUAGUUUGCAUGAACGACUCCCGCGGAUGAGAGAUAACGGUAGGCAUCAUACUGUGUCUCGUGGCUCUUGAUUCCCAUGAUCAAAGCAAGAAACAACGUGCACUUCUCAAGUAAUUCGAAUCGCAAGAAUGAUCACCACUCCAUUUCUUCAGCC